AUGUCGGCAUCUUUGUCUCUGCUGGAGCAGAUUAGUUUUACUCCUGAUGGGUUUCCGAAAAGGUUUGUGAGGAUUGAGUAUUGUCGAUUGCACCCUGUUUGUAAUACUUGCAAGGUUUUUGGGCAUGAUUAUUCAAAGCCAGGGCAAGGCCUAACAAAGCGUUUCUGGGUUAAGAAAUGCCAAGAGGAGCAGCUUCUUGUGUUGGAAAAAGGGAAACAAGUAGCAGAAGAUAUUGAUGAGGAAAUUGCUAUCCCUAUUACUGAAGCUGGAAGUUCAAAUUUAAUGGAUAUUAAUUGUUUGAUUGCUGUUACUCAGGAAGUACAUGUUGAUACCACAAUGGAGUCUACUGCAACUAAUGACACACUGUCGAUUACUCCUAGUGCUCUACCAUCCAUUGGGGAGUUUAACAAAGUAGUCAAUGGUGCCAAAACAAAAGUUAAUAGUAAGGCCCUAAUGUUUUACUUCUGA